AUGAACUCUCUGCUAUCUCUCUCCUGUCUCUGGUCUCCAUCUCUGUCUCUUCUACCUCUUUUCUUUCUUCUAUUUAAUUCACUUUGCACAUUCAUAUUUAUGGACAUUCGUCCAAACUGGCAUGGUGGAGACAUCAUCUCUUUUAUUAUCCUCUCUCACCAACCUCUUUAUGGCAUUGGACGUAGUGUGUGCCAGUUGUUUGCUCGUGAAGGUGCAAGAAUUAUUGCUGUUGAUAUUCAAGAAGAAGCUAAUAUGGAAACUCUAAAAUCUUUAGCACAAGGAAAUCAUUGUGCUAUGACUGCUGAUAUUUCCAAUGUUGCAUCUGUUAAUGAAAUCUUUACAAAACUUAAAGAACGAUUUAAUGCAGUUCCCACAGUUAUUGUAAAUUCAGCAGGGAUUACCAGAGAUAACAUUUUGUUACGAGCAACUGAAGAAGAUUUCAAUGAAGUUAUUGCUAUAAAUCUGAAGGGAACUUAUGUUGUUACACAGGCUGCCGUGAAAAUGAUGUUGUCAGAAAAAGUGGAACAUGGUUCCAUUGUGAAUAUCUCAAGUAUUGUUGGAAAGGGUGGUAAUAUUGGCCAGUGUAAUUAUGCAGCUUCCAAAGCUGGUGUUAUAGGACUUACAAAAUCUGCAUCGAAAGAAUUAUCAAGGUUCAACAUCCGAGUGAAUGCCAUUUUGCCUGGCUUUAUAUCCACACCAAUGACUGAUGCUGUUCCUGAGAAAGUCCUUCAAAAGAUGUUAAAAUUUAUUCCCAUGCAGAGAUUUGGACAACCUGAAGAAGUUGCUGAAACCUGUUUAUUUCUGGCAACCAAACGGAGUGCUUAUAUUACAGGAGCUUGUUUAGAAGUUUCAGGUGGACUGAAUAUUUAA